CUUCCAUCAUUGCGUCCUGCUUAACGUAACAGACGACAGUCAAGUCACGUUACCACUUGAACUACUUACUCUUACCCACGUUAGAUUGAAUGUUAUUGCUCAUUAGGAUGCCUUACGAAUACGGUUUUGCAAUUCCCGGGAAAAUCAUGACUACGAAAAGCAGCAAUCUGAUGAGUGAGGCGAACUCUCAAGAGUUUUUUCAAGGAGAAGAAUCGGUUCCUGGAAAGAUGCCCUCGCGACAGCAAUCUCCAAUUCAUCAAGAAAAAUCUGAAAACAGUGCGGGAACUGACCUGGAGAAGGGGUAUCUAGCGACAUCUGUGAAUCACUCGAAUAACCAAUGGAGCAUAUCCCUGGUAAUUGCUCGCAUGAAGACGCUCGUCGAAGAGUCUCUGGAAGGUCAGAGCCAUCAGUUGCAGCCGAAUGCUUUAGAAAACUGGGUUAAUCUAAUGAGUUGUUUGUCAAGAUUCGUCAACACUUUCAAUGGCUUCCGGAUUAAUUCGACCGAGACCUCUGAUCAGGUCAAUUCUUCUUUGCCGUCUCGCUGGCUUUGCAGUGACAUUCGAACCCUGAUCACUGAUUUUACGAAAAUGGUUCAAUAUCUUCGAUCGUCUCGCUCUUAAGUGUGCUUUCCCAGAGGAUGCAUUAUAAUUGUCAAUAAGCGCAACAA